CUUCGUUACGACAUCGAAGAACGUACGACGGAACGAAGCGGGAGAACAACGCAGCCCGCGGAAGACGUCGGUGUCGCAACGCUGACGGCGCUGACGCUAUUGUCGAGCCUCUUCCUUGCCUUUCGUCUUCCGAGCAGCCAGCGCCACAAUUUAGCUGAGAUUUUUGGCAGCGUUUAGAGCAGAGCACAGUUAAAGCGCAUCGAGUGAACAAGGCAGUUGUGCUGUCCAAGGCGUUCGUAAAGCAAGCUUUUCCAAAAUUUUUAAAAGGGGUUGGAAGUUUUUUUCUUGUGUCAAGUAUCGUUCGAGUGACAUGAUGAUUAUUUACACGUGAAGAACUGCAUUCAAUUGGAAGAAAUUCUUAAGUCAACUUGUGCAAACAUAAUUUAAAAAAGAUAAAUUGAAACUGAUUUUCAAAAAGUGCAUUGAAAUUAAGAAAAAGGAAGACCGGUGAGGAGCAUUUGCAAUCAUCAUAACAUCUACCGGCGAAAUGGCAUCCAAUCGUAGUGUGCUAGAUCGCUUGACAUGUAGUCAGGUAUUAAAUAUCAUGGUGAUUCUCGGCUUCAUGUUAAACUAUAUGCUGCGUAUAAAUUUAACGAUAGCGAUUGUUUCGAUGGUGAUACCGAGCAAUAAUAGCGGUCAACAUUUACAUUCCAACGGAUCGUUGGUGUCGGACGAGUGUGGUAUCCAGUCGACGAUGAUGAACAACUUCACCCCGAUGGACACCAGGACCCCGGCGAUCGACGACGAUGUUAAUAGAGUCAACGAGGUGAACAACGGCAGCACGCAUGCAGUGUUCCCACAUUGGUAUCGGGAGGAACGAGUCCAGACUAAAUAUCCAUGGAACGAAUAUGAGGUGAAUAUGAUCAUCGGCGGAUUCUUCUGGGGUUACAUCUGCACGGAGUUUCCUGGCGGCCGGCUUGCGGAGAUAAUUGGUACCAAACGGGUUUUCGGUUACAGUAUGCUGGUAUCGAGCUUUAUCACUCUAUUAACACCACUGUCAGCCACUUUCGGUUACACCGCAGUCGUCGCAUUGAGGGUCAUUCUAGGAUUUAUGAUGGGUGCCACCUGGCCUGCCAUCCAGCCAAUGACUGCUCGAUGGAUUCCACCGACGGAGCGUAGCAAGUUCGUCUCUCACAUGAUGGCCUCAUCGCUUGGUGCCGCGUUAACUAUGUUGAUGUGCGGAUUCCUCAUCGCCUCGCUCGGCUGGGAGUCGGUAUUCUAUGUAACCGGCGUGAUCGGGAUUAUCUGGAGCGUGGCAUGGUUCUUACUGAUAUUCGAUUCACCGUCACAACAUCCGCGUAUUAGUGCGGAGGAGCGGCACGCUAUCGAGAGCGCGAUUGGAACGACCACCACCUCCAAGCAUCUGCCGGUACCAUGGCGUGCAUUUAUUACUUCAGGGCCGGUUUGGGCUAUUAUAAUAACGCAUGCAUGCAGCGUCUAUGGUUACCAUACCAUUGUCAGUCAGCUUCCGACUUACAUGAAGUACAUUUUGCACUUCAACAUUAAAGAGAACGGCCUGUUAUCCUCGUUACCCUAUUUAGGCAAAUAUAUAUUUGCCUUAUCAACGUCCACUUUAGCCGAUUAUUUGCGCCGUAAUAAUAAAUUAUCCGUGACGGCAAUACGUAAAAUUUUCACGACAUUCGCUCUAUUAGUACCCAGCAUCCUCAUGAUGAUUCAAGCAUACUAUGGUUGCGAUCGUACGGCAUCAGUUAUUGUAUUUACCAUUGCUCUGACAAUAAACGGUGCUGUGACAGCCGGUUACCUCGGGAAUGGUCUCGAUAUCGCACCUAAUUUCUCCGGAACCAUAUUCGGCAUCGCCAACACCUUCAGCUCGAUAGGCGGUUUCCUUAGUACCUUUAUGGUCGGUAACAUCACGUACCAUAAUCAGACCUACACGCAGUGGGCCAUCAUUUUCUGGAUUCUAGCAGCCAUUUAUUUUUGCGGUGCAGUGAUAUUCGCUAUUUUUGGCACUGGCGAGUUACAGAAUUGGAACAAUCCGACCGGCACUCACAUGAAGAAAAACAGUAUCACCAUAGAAGAUGGCAUUCCGGAAUCGGUUCCUCUCAAAACCAAUACGGUUUCGUAGCGUUUUGAACGAGAACGAGUUUAGACUCUGAAACGAUCGCAAAUCAAACGUAGCGAUGAAGGUUGCAACACAAUAUAUUCCAAA